AUGAAGGUCAUGCGUGACCUGUGCACCGGCACGUCAUCAUACAGGUACAUUAGACCACUGGCAGCAGCCUGUUCCCUUGUGGUAAAUAACUUGUCAGUUUGCGAUUCAUUAAUCCAUGGAAAGGUAUAGUUAUCCAGCCGUAGAGCAAGGAACACACACAUUACACUGUCGAAACGUACGAUAGUCUAAGUAGACAAGUACGAUGAACUCUAAGCGGACUGCACAGGUUGUACGUGCGGCAACACUGAUCGGGCUGAUAGACCUCAACAUGUAGCCACUCAUGUCGGAAAAUCCCGUGCAUGAGAUAUGGAAGGAUCGUGUGCAACUAGACGGAUGACGUUUGCGUGCGCCAUACUGAUUUGCCUUGCUCAUGGGCGAGCCUCCAAUCCAGUCGUUCAAGCUAUUCAGGGGCGUAUUGUCGGUACGAGGCUCGAGUUCAGCCCCAUCGAUCCCAAGCUUCGCCGGAGCGUGGACGCCUACUUGGGUAUACCGUACGCCGAGCCGCCCGUCGGGCUGCUACGAUUUAAACCUCCGGUAGCCAAGUCACUGCGUGGGGAGCUGCAAGCUACCAAGCUGGGCAAUCGAUGCCCACAACCACCGUUUAAUUUCGGUUUGAUGACUGUAAAGGGAACGUUCAACGAGGAUUGUCUAUUUUUGGAUGUAUUUGUUCCCCACCGAGCACCUCCCAAAGCAGCUGUCCUUGUCUUUCUCCACGGAGGUGGCUUCUUCCUGGGCGCUGGCACCAUCGAGCGCACGCCACCAACUCCCAUUGCCGCCGUCGGGGAUGUCAUCGUUGUCACCCUCAACUAUCGCCUUGGAGCGUUGGGAUUUCUCUCAACAGAUGAUGACAUCAUUCCAGGAAAUAUGGGACUGCUUGAUCAACGCCUCGCACUGGAAUGGGUCAGAGAUAACAUUCAGGCUUUUGGGGGUGAUCCUGAGCGAGUUACUAUCGUUGGCGAGAGUGCUGGGGCAGCCAGCGUGAGCUUCCACUUGUUGUCACCGGGCAGUGCCGGUCUCUUCCACGCUGCAAUUAUGGAGAGCGGCGAUGCCACGGUAUCAUGGGCCACAGUGCGCGCCGACGAGGCUCGUAAACGGGCGUUUGCUCUCGGAAAGAUAGUGGGUUGCCAUAGGGACACCUCUUGGCAGUUGUUGGAAUGUCUGCAGAAGGUGACGGACUUCAACAUCUUUGUCGAAAAGCAACAUGAAAGGCUACACCAAGAACUGAACAGGUCCGAUAUUUUGACCUCCUUCGUGCCGGUGGUUGACGGAAAAUUCCUUCUCAGUGACCCAGAUGAUGUCUACGCAGAAGGCCCCAUUAACGAUGCAGCAAUCAUCAUCGGAGGAAACGCCGACGAGAGAAUGCUUAAGGUGGCGAGUUUCUUCCCCGACCACACCGACGAACCGCCCUUUGUCGACAGUGCCUCCUACGACGCUCUCGCUCAGGUCACCUUGAGACAGAUCAGCGCCGAGCCUAUCGUUGCCGAGGCCAUCAAGCUGUUGUACCGCAACGCGUCGUGCGCAGCGGAUGCACCCAAAUGCGACUACCUGCAGACUCUCUCGCAGGUCCUGGGUGAUAUCACAUACUCGUGCCCCAUUGACAAGGCAGCACGGGCCUUUGCCAGAGCUGGCCGGAAGGUUUACCGAUACUACAUGACUCAUGCUCCUACCACGCCCCUAGUAGGUAACAAAUGGACGGGAGCAACUCACUUGGACGACCUCCUGUUUGUCUUUGGUCUGCCGUUGAUCUCUUCUGAGGAGUAUGCAUUUACAUCUGAAGAGGCCCGUAUGUCGCUGUGGGUUAUUAAAUACUGGACCAAUCUUGCCAAGACCGGCAAUCCCAACCUGUCCUCCUUGGAUGCUGAGCUGACGUUUGAAGAGACGGAGACAGAGUGGUUACCGUUUACCCUCCAAGAACUUGCCUACAAAGACCUCUCACCAGCAAUGCUAAAUGGGCGUGGCGUCAAAGCCAAGGAGUGCCUUAUACUGAACGAAUUUAUACCCAAACUAGCCCAUAUUGCAGAGGAAGCCAAAAUGUGUCGAGAGAAAAUGUCAGAACAUGCAGAGAUGUCGACCAAAGAUGGCGGGGCCGGAAGUGGGACAUGCACAAAAGAAACAUGUCCCGACCAGUAAAUGUGUCUCCAAGGACAUAGCGCUGUCAUGUAGCUGUCGUAAAAGCUUUUUGUACAGAGGUUUGAAACGGCUACAUUAACCAAACUACGUGUCCGAUCGGGUUGAAACCUUGCAUGUAUCCACAAAGGGAUGUGUUUGAGAUGAAAAGUAUCGGCGACCAGGUCCCUCAUCGGUUAUGAACGACAAGUUUAUACACGCUCCACCACACUUUUAUUCCCUUAUUAUUAAAAUCACUAUAUCUUCUAAACUACAUGUCAGAUUCGGCUGAAACCUUUUAUCUGUUGUAUCUAUAAAUGCAAAUGUUUUAGUCAAAAACUCACACGAUUUGCAAAUGACAUCAUCAUAUGAUCAGUCACAUGAACAUCAUCACUAUAUCACAUAAACCAAAGUUACACUGAUAAAACAUUCUCUGUUGAACAUUCGUUUUAAAUUAUAUUCACUUACUAAUUUUUUGCCUUUACUUUUCCAGUAUACACAAAUUGUUCAAAAUUGCAAAACAAUGCGAAAAAGCCCUCUGUUCUGUUGGCAAACAGACAGAUAAGCUCUCGUUCUCGUUGAUUUGCUACAAGUAACAACAAAUUCUGAAAUGUCUAAUUCACUCAUUUGAGGGCUACAAACAUUGUCUGUUUGUUUUCUGCCAUUCUGAACCGGCGCUGAACCAACGCCAACCCCCUGUUCUCGUUCGGUCGGAACAAUGACGUCACACAGGCAUAACCAAGUUGCGAAAACGCUUAACCAAUGAGCAAAGCUGAAACAAGUUUGUGGUUCGGGUUAAUGCCCAAACACGCCCUUAAAUGGAAUUUAUCGUACAUUGACUUUUUGACUCUCUCACUUAAACGGUAUUUAUGAAUGGGAAUAAAUUUGUGCUUAAUUAAUCUUAAAUGUUACCUCAAACUACCGUUUACGGCCGAAUUAGGAGAAUGGACGUUGAUAAUGCCCUAACCUGCGGCUCGGGCAUUAGUUGUGUCAAUUCUCCUGACUAGCCAAGCACAUAUUUAUUCCCUUAUUUAAACGUGCAUUAAAACUCCAGUUGUGAAACAGAAGCUGCAAAUUUUCACAGUUUGUAGCAUCCGCGUGCAAAACGACCAGUCAAAACAAUUUAUUUUGAGUAUUUAAACUAUUUCCAGGGGUGACCCAGGAUUUUUUUUUGGGGGGGGUUGUUGGUUAGAGAAUGUUUUGUUCGUACAAGAGAGCCUUAUAUUACUGCAUGUAGUUGCUGCCAAUAGUAUAGAGUCAUCUAGAUUCUUUGUUUUUCGUCCUUAACCGUCCUUGCCAUGCAUGGAAAAUAAAUCCCCUACAUGGUACACGGUGAAUAAUCUUGUCUUAAAUACAAAUAAAUCUAUGGUUAUGAUGAUAAACUCGAGGCAUAAAGAUCAGAUAAUAAACUGAACUUUUUUAUUUAUGUCGACCAACUUUAACAAGUUAAUGCAGUGGACUACCUUGGAAUUAAGUUCGGCUAAGCUGAGUAGCUCCAUUUCAGAAUUAAAGCGAUUAAAGGGUGUGACUUCUAAAGACAUGUUAAUGACCAAUUUUAAUGGUACCACCCAACCAUGUAUUGAUUACGCCAUUAGCAUUUGGGGAUUUACAACCCAAAAGAACUUGGUUUGUAUUCAGCGACUUCAGAAUUAUGCUGCCAGAGUUAUCUUAGAAAAUUAUGACUACUUGAGCUCUGAAGAAAUUGGCCUGGCCAAGUUGUUGGGAUGGAUGGAUGCUACUCAGCGGAGGGAUUAAUUUACCACGGUCUUAAUUAAUGUACAAAGGUAUCCAUGGUCUGGCCCCAAGCUACCUCACCAAUAAUAUUGUUUUACAAAUUCACACCAAACAGUAUUAUUGCUAGGUCUCAUCCAAUGAAUUUAUGUUACCCCAUCCCCAGACCUGAGCGAGCAAAAUGUUCACUAAACUUUGCUAGACCCAAACUCUGGAACAACUUACCUGAUUUCCUUAAAGAUAGUGUAAAUAGUGUCACCACCUUUAAAAAAAAACUUAAAACGUUUGUUUUAAAUGAAUCCCGAUCAGAGUACAGUUUACAGGAUGUAACUUUUAGUUAAUAUUCCUUUUUUAUAUUUUUGGUGUGUUUUUCUUUUUAAUCAUAUUAGUAGACGUGUAAUUUUGAUAACAGGGCUAUAUUGAAAACCAUCUAAAGCUGAACAAUGUUAACCUGCAUAAAUGUUUUGAAAUAAAUGAAAAAAAAUCUGUGCAUAAUUAUAUGGUUUUUUAAGGAUUCUUCUAAUGGCCUUUAGACGUAGGCCCCUAAAACACAAAA